AAGGCGAUGAUGACAGCAGCGAGGUGAUUUUCAGAUUAUUUUUGAUCUGACUCAUUUAUAUUUACAAUUAAUGUGAUAUUCCCAUUUUAUUCACCAGGGAUGGCAGACAGUAAGCUUUCGCGCGAAGCUGAAGUUGGAGAACAAAGCGAUGAGCGCGAUGUUGAGACCUCCUCGUCGGAAGUGACUGUCACGAAAACAAAGCCUGUUCAGAAAAGAAUUUUUAAAAUCAUAGUCAUAGGUGAUUCUAACGUGGGCAAGACUUGUCUGACAUAUCGUUUCUGUAGCGGAAAAUUUCCUGACAAAACCGAGGCUACCAUCGGUGUGGAUUUCAGGGAGCGGCAAGUGGAUUUGGAAAGCGAACAGAUUAAGCUACAACUAUGGGACACGGCUGGCCAGGAGAGAUUUCGAAAGAGCAUGGUACAGCAUUAUUACAGAAAUGUUCAUGCGGUCGUCUUCGUGUAUGAUGUCACAAAGAUGAGUUCCUUUGAUAAUAUGCCUCAGUGGAUUGAGGAAUGUGAUCGGCAUAACCUCAAUACAGACAUUCCUCGUAUUUUGGUCGGCAACAAGUGUGAUGUUAAGGAUAAAAUUGCCGUUAACACAAAUAUGGCUCAAAAGUUUGCAGACUCGCACAACAUGCCUUUGUUUGAAACUUCUGCGAAAGAUGAUGAGAAAGCUGACCACGUGGAAGCAAUAUUCAUCACUCUAGCCCAUAAGCUAAAAAAUUCCAAGCCAAUGAUGCCGGCUUAUCUCUCCAGAUUUAACUCCCCUGAGCAGCCAUCACGAAUCAUUAAUGUAGGUGGAAACCUUAGCCAGGCAAAUCUACACCCUGCUGAUGAGGAGAAGAAGGACAGUUGUGCAUGUUAACUGACUGUGACACAAUACUGAUAUGUACAUACUGUUGGAUACAAACUGAUAUAAUAGACAUUGUGUACAUACACGUAGUAUUAUUAUCUAUUCCAUUGUACACCGGCUAGAGCAUGACGGUGGGAAUUAUGAGGGUGUCUGGUGAAGUGGUAAAGUAAGUUGUUGUCUCAUAGUUACUUAAAGAUGACAUUAAAUAAUCAUAUUAUUGUGGACUGGUAAGGCGUUGUUAUGUGGGCAUUGUGCACACCCAAAUGUAUCGGAUAGCGUAAGUAUCUUGUACAGUUGUACAAUUGUGGAAGGGUAAAGCGUUGUUAUGUGGGCAUCGUGCACACCCAAAUGUAUCAGAUAGCGUAAGUAUCAUGUACAGUUGUACAAUUGUGGAAGGGUAAGGCGUUGUUAUGUGGGCAUCGUGCACACCCAAAUGUAUCGGAUAGCGUAAGUAUCAUGUACAGUUGUACAAUUGUGGAAGGGUAAAGCGUUGUUAUGUGGGCAUCGUGCACACCCAAAUGUAUCAGAUAGCGCAAAUAUCUUGUACAGUUGUACAAUUGUGGAAGGGUAAGGCGUUGUUAUGUGGGCAUCGUGCACACCCAAAUGUAUCAGAUAGCGCAAGUAUCUUGCACAGUUGUACAAUUGUGGACUGGUAAGGCAUUGUUAUGUGGGCAUCGUGCACACCCAAAUGUAUCAGAUAGCAUAAGUAUCUUGUACAGUUGUACAAUUGUGGACUGGUAAGGCGUUGUUAUGUGGGCAUCGUGCACACCCAAAUGUAUCAGAUAGCAUAAGUAUCUUGACAGUUGUACAAUUGGGGACUGGUAAGGCAUUGUUAUGUGGGCAUCGUGCACACCCAAAUGUAUCAGAUAGCGUAAGUAUCUUGACAGUUGUACAAUUGGGGACUGGUAAGGCAUUGCUAUGUGAGCAUCGUGCAAACUUGUGUAUUGGUCAUAUGCUGAUGUACAUAUACACGUGUACAGUGGGGUAAUUUCCAUUUGCAGGUAUAGUAUUGUAUUUUUAUUGAAUACAGGUGUACACUUGUACAAGGGUCAUUUUAUAGUCAUUUUGAUAGGUGUGCAGUUGUAGAAAGGUCGUAUUUAGGGUGCCAAGAAAAGAAACACAGAGAUAACUUUUCACAGGAUAUAUCUGCAUUAAAUCAGAGCAGGAUAAUUAAUUAAUAAGCUGUCACUGUCAGCCUAGUCACACAAUGAGAAUGCUAAAAUGUAAUAAUAAAACUAGCAACACAACCUCAUUCAGCAAUGGCAUCAGGUCACAAAUGGACAUUGUUCUCAGCAUCUGGUGUCAACACCAUGUGCCAUCUUUGUGUUUCUUUCUUGGGAGACUGCACAUAUGUACAACUAUGGAAGAGUCAUGU